AAUAAAAAAGAAAAAUUAAAAUGAACUAAUAACUCAAGAAAAAUUACAAAAAUAACAUAAUAUAAGCAAGUGAAAUAAAAAUUAUGACUUUUAAAACACAAGCAACUGGCAAUUCCAAUUCCUACAAACAAAGACAGCAGGCAGGUGAGUUAUUAAAUAAAAUAAAAAUGACGACUUUUGCCACCAAUUGAACAUUAAGAAUAUUUUUACCAAUUAACUUCUGGAAGAAUAGAUCAGAAACAGUAUGUCUCAGUAUGAUUCUCUAAAUGAUUUAGGCAAUAGCUUGCUGCAUCACAUUCUCUAGAUGUCAAGAUUGAGAAGUUGAAGGUUGGCGAUUUGAUGGUGUUUAAUAUAGUGUAUGAAUGUCCAUAUAAUUCUUUAAUUCAAAAUAUGGCCAGUAAAAGAAUUGGAGAAAGAAAGUGCAUAUCAAUUAACUAGGGGACAGCAACACCAUUUUUCUUUUUUUGGUCAGCCACACAACGACACAUCUAUUACUCAUCUGUUUUGGUUAAUCAAAGAAGGGCGAAGUAUGCAGACAGCAAACCAUAUGCAGAUGACUUUCACUCAUAGAUCAUUUUGGAAAUGUGGAGUUGGGAGUUCUGGACUUGCAAGGUUGAUCACCCAUGGGGGAUUUCUGGGCUGUGCAGAGGAGAAAGGAAGACAAGAGGGCUUGCUGUUGAGGAUUUAGGGUUAACUUUGGAGACUUCUGUAGAGUUGGGAGGUGGGCUGCUGCCUGCUAGCAAGGUUGAUUGGGGAUUUAGGGUAGCUGGCGACAUGGCUGCUGAGAACUUCAGAUUUUAGAGAGAAGAUAAGUUACAGUCAAGGAGAUUUAGGGUGUGUUUGGUUGAGGGGAAACUUUCUUCCGUAACUUUCCCCCUUAUAGGAUUAUUUACAUAUUUUCACACCUUAAUACUACAAUAAAAGGAGGAUAAAAGUAACAUUUUUAG